UAUCCCAAUUCUGUGAUAACGAUUUGAUAACGACCAAAACAAACCAUAUUUAUAUGUUUACUAUUUAAAAUCCCAAAUCUGUACGGCCAUCCACUAACUUGUAAACUUGAAUUUUGUUGUUGACAAUUACGAUGGAAACCGCACCCGGGAAAAUACAAUUUAAAUUAUUUUGCCGGGCGUGUGAGGAUAUAUAUAAAGCAUCGCAACAUGAUAAAAAAAUCAGCAUUCUCCAAAAGUUUAUCGCCAUGUGUAGAGGGUCUGUUGACAAAAGCUCUGACGUUGAAAUUGAAGAAACAUUUUAUCCAAUUCUAAGGUGUUUACUUCCAGCAUUAGACAAGGAAAGAGGAACCUAUGGAGUUAAAGAAUUCAUGUUAGGCAAAAUGUAUGUCAAAAUACUCUGUCUAGCUAAGGACAGCGAGGAUGCUCAAAAACUCACCAAUUUCAGAAUUCCAACUAAUGCUAGCGGCUCUUUUGGUGAUUUUGCCGAUACCGUGUUUUGGGUGGUUAAGAAACGGUUCGAAGAAGAAGGCACAUUAACUCUGCAUGAAGUAAAUCAACACUUAGACGAUAUUGCAUCGAAACACGCUGCUCAUGAACCGAGACAAGUUGAAAAUAUUUUACAAAUAUUGCUUGUGAAAAUGAGUGCAAUCCAACAAAAGUGGCUAAUCAGAUUAUUACUAAAAGACAUGCGUUUAGGCGUAGCACACAAAAAAAUCCUUAAUGUGUACCAUCAGGACGCUAAUGAUUUGUACGAUGUUAGCAACAGUCUAAAAAAAGUUUGCCAGAUGUUGAACAAUCCAGAUGUACGACUUCAUGAGGUCUCAAUAAAUUUAUUUGACCCGUUUGCACCGAUGUUGAGCCAGAAAUGUGAUGUUACCGACGUAGACAAAAUCAUAAAAUCACAAAGUGAUUUUUUUUACGUGGACACCAAAUUGGACGGUGAACGGUUUCAAUUGCACUGGGACAAAAAUCAAUUUAAAUACUUCAGCCGUAAGGGAAACGAUUAUACAGACACGUUUGGUUGUAACACGUCGAGUGGCGUACUAAGUCCACAUCUAACAAAAGUGUUUAAAUCUAAUGUCGAAAGCUGUAUUUUGGACGGCGAGAUGAUGUGCUACAACAAAAAAUUAAAAUCGUUCACAACUAAAGCUAAAAAUAUUGACGUAAAACACUUGCGAGAAGGCAACUCCCAUAGGCCGUGUUUUUGUGCUUUUGAUGUCUUGUAUUUAAACAGUCAAGUAUUGACCAACGAGCCUUUAGAGAAGCGAUUAGAAAUCCUUGAGAAAAUUGUUGUACCAUUGGAUGGAAUUUUCAUGUUAACUUCGAGAAAUAUUGCAAAAAAAAAUGAAAUAUUAAAGUACUUAAACGAUGCAAUUGACAAUCGAGAUGAAGGCAUUGUUGUAAAAGACCCUCGAUCGAUUUACAAGCCAGGCGUACGAACCGCCGGAUGGUAUAAAAUAAAGCCAGAAUAUACAGAAGGGGCCUUAUCAGAAUUUGAUCUAUUGAUCAUCGGCGGUUAUUAUGGCAAAGGAAAAAAAAGAGAUUUAAUUAGUCAUUUUCUCAUGGGUCUAAUGGAAAACAAUGACGGUAUGUUGAAAUUUACUUCGAUUGGACGAGUGGGUUCAGGAUGUAAAAUGGAAGAAUUAGAAGACCUAUCAAGAACAUUGGCCACGCAUUGGAUAAAAGUAAAACCCGAAAUAAUGCCUGCCAAUAUAAAUUUCAAUAAAGAAAAACCUGAUCUUUGGAUAGAACCGGAAUCGUCUGUAAUAUUACAGAUAAAAGCCACAGAAAUUGUUACCAGUAAUUUGUUUAAAGCUGGAACCGUGCUGAGAUUCCCCAGAAUUCAAAAAGUACGAUAUGAUAAGCCGUGGAAUCACUGUAUGACCGUGGAGGAAUUCAAUGCGAUUAAAGUGCGAACGGACGGCAUGUUGUGCCAGGAUCACAUCAUGGAAGGACAGACACCAAAUAAAGUGAGGAAAGCUCAAACAGUUGCUAGCGUGAGCAAACAGUUUCGAGCGCCUGAUUUGUGUGACGUAACAACAACGUCGGAAGUGCUUGAAGGCAAAGAGUUUUGCGUUAUGUCUGACUGUGAGCAUUUGACUAAAGCUCAAAUAGAACGGAAAAUUCACGAGCUUGGUGGCUCUUUCGUUCAAAAUCCCGGCAACAACACCUUUUGCGUGCUCGCCAACGACCUGAAAUCAAUGCGGGUCAACGCUAUACAAAAAAAAGGAGAACACAGUAUAAUAAAAACAAAAUGGAUGUUGUAUUGUUUUAAUGAUGAGGAGUUCCUUAAUUGGACACCAGAGCAUGUGCUGGCCUUGUCUAAGGAGCAUAAAAUACUGAUGGAUGUAGAGUACGACACUUAUGGCGAUAGUUUCACCAAGGAGGCAACCGUCGAAAGUCUACGGAGUGCAAUGGAUAAAGUCGAAUUGAACGACAUUAACGUCACGGAGGAGAGUUUUUUUAAAUUUCAGAAAGAUUUAUUCAGUGAAGUCCAUUGUUUUAAAGCGUUUGGCAAAUGUUUAGUAUACUUUGACGAUUUAAACCUAGAUACUUUACCGACCAGAAAUUUCCAUACCAAUUCAGUUCUGGAAAUGAUUAUUUUUAAAUUUAACGGCGGUACGGUGUGCAAAGAAAUAAAUAACGAUACCACACACGUUCUAGUUCACUCGAGUAAUCCGAAACAUAUCAAAAAAUAUGAAAGUAUAAAUUCUCAAAGAGAAAAACCUUUUCUAAUUGUAAAAGAGAAUUGGGUCAAAGAACAAAUCAAAUUAUAGUAAAAUUUGUACAUUAAAAAAACAAAAAAAUACUUCGCAAUUAUUAUUUUGUGAUGUUAUAUAACUAUAUAUAUUUUUUUUAUUUGAAUAUUUGUACAUAUAUUAUAUAAAUAACUAUCUAUUCACAUUUAAACUAUAUGUCAUACUACGUGUGUAUGUGUGUUUAUUACUAUUAUUACGAUAAGUGAUAACUAUAUUUUUAAAUUAUAUGU